AUGGAUAACGAACCACUGUGUGCCGAAAUCGCCGAUGAAUAUGUCAGAGAAGUAAUGGCUAACUCACACACCGCCGAAAGUGAUCAGAAUACGGUGGGAAAAGAUUUUACUCCGAUGAUAGUGAUGUUGAGGACACGUCUGGAGCAUUCAGGGGGCGAAAGAAGGGAUUCCUUUAAGAAAUUAAACACGAGGAUAGAUGAUUUAGAAGAUAAUCUGGAAAAGAAAAUAGUAGGUAGAAUUUCACAAUCUAUUAAUGCUAAAAUCGAGGAAAGUGUCAAGAAUCGUGUGACAGAAGAAGUGACAAUUAUGAAGGCAGAAAUUUCUGAAAACAUUAAAAUAAUAGAACAUAAAAUUGAGAAUUUGAAAAUGACCAGGGAACCAGUCGACCAGAACGUAGAGAGCAGUCGGACAAAGAAUAUAGUGAUUAAAAAUCUCCUGCCCUGCCAGGCUGAGGUGAACGAUUCGAACUUAGUAGUGAACACCGUUGACCGCCUUGUAUCUGAAGUAUUGGGACUGAAAAAUAUCAAAAUUACUCACGCGUCAAGAAUACAAACACGUGAGAACAACAACAGGAUUAACCCUAUCGUAGCUACUGUUGAGAACAUUGAUCAAAAACAAAGAAUAAUGAAAGCUAAACCAGGGCUGAAGAAAACUCAGGAUUUCUAUAGAGUGUACAUAGAACAUGAUUUACCUCAAGAUGUAAGAAAUAGUAACUAUAAUUUGAUGAACAUUCUGAAAAUAGUUGGUGGUGAUAGGGAGUACAGGGUUGUUGGGGGACGAAUUACUCGACAUGUCACUAGUACGUAUACUAGAAGGACAGAUUUGCAUAGAAACGCGAAGAGAGGUUCAGGAGGGGUUGGAAUAUUGGUGAAUUCUGAGAUACUUGGACUAUAUGAUGCAUUGGAUGGUUCUAAAGAAGACAUUUUGUGGUUAAAACUAUCGCAUAAGACUCUUCGUAAUAGUGACCUGUGUAUUUGUGCCUGUUACGUUCCACCUUCCGACUCUAGUCGAGCAGGGGACGUAGACACUUUUUUUAAUGAUCUAUAUUUGCAACAAGUUUACUGUUUUCAAAAUGAAGGAAUACUAUAUAUGGCGGGUGAUUUUAAUGCACGAUGUGGUGACGAACAGGAUUUUAUUGCUGGGGUGGAUGAUAUACCAGGCAGAGACAUAAUUGAUACUACAAGUAACCUUUAUGGAGAUAAACUUAUUGACUUUUUGACAAGCUGUAAUUUAUGUAUGCUAAAUGGGAGAGUAUAUGGUGAGCAUGGUUCCAAUAAUUUUACGUGUUUGUCUAAACGAGGAAAAUCUGUGGUUGAUUAUGCUAUUACAACUCAUGAACAAUUAUCAAACUGUAAAUCGUGCAGUGUUUAUCUUAUGUCUGAUUUAAUAAACCUAUGUGGAAUUCAGUUUGAAAAGUUGGUUCCUGACCAUGGACCUAUAAUCUGGACAAUUGAUGUACAAAACGCCACCUCGAAUGCAGAUCAUUUUCCAGUGCUGAAUAAAACUAUACGAUAUGACACUCGUAAAAUACUAAGAGACUUUCUUACAAAAAUUAGCGGUGUAGAAGAAAUAAUUAUUGGACUAGAAAAAGAGCUUUCUGACAAUCGAAAGCUUAUUCCAGUUUUGUAG